AUGCCCUGUUCACACGGCCGGAAGGAGGGGAGGAGAGUUAACUGCACGUGUAACAUUACAGGGGACGGUGCCGCAGCGAGGUUUGUGUUAAAUAUAUAUAUAUAUAUAUAUAUAUUAUUAUUAUUAUUAUUAUUAUUAUUAUUAUUAUUAUUAUUAUUAUUAUUAUCCGUAUUCCCAGCUACGAUGGCGCUGUGGCCUUCCGUGGGAGUAUUGUCUGCGGGGAUGCGGUGCACUGUUGCCUCGGGCUGCCGCUCCUUUGGUGGAGUCGUCAGCAAUAGGAACAGGACUGCCCUCCUCACCCCCGCACGUGGCAUUAUUGUGCCCCAGCAGCUCAAGGCGUAUGGUGGCACAUUUAGUCGCUCAAUUGGGGAGCGCUCCGACCACCUUGUCGGGAACUUUGUGCUGCAGAGUCUUUCCCCUUCCCGCACAGCCCACUCCCCGCUGCUCGCGAAAAAUGUGAAGACAAAGACAGUGACAAGCUUCGAGGACAUGCUUCUCGCACCGGAGUUGCGCAAAGCGCUGAUGCAGAGUCUACAUGUCGACACACCGUCUCCCAUUCAACAAACGGCCAUUGAGGUGAUUUUACAAGGCAAAGACACCGUUGUGGCGGCCCCACAUGGCGAGGGCAAAACACUUGCCUAUCUCCUUCCCUUGUAUCAGAACAUGAUGAAGGAUCGGGAUGUGUACAAGAUCCCACUGCGCGAGCGCCGUCCACGCAUGAUACUCCUGGCGCCAACGAAGGAACUUAUUGCACAGUUGCAGCACAUUUGUGCCGCUUUAGACGCGGCUACUGGUUUGCGCUCCAUUUCAUUCACGUCCCGGAAAAGGGCCAAAUACCAUCUGAGCCGAUUGCUGAAGAACACACUUGCCGAUGUUGUCAUCAUGGAUCCCAAGGUGGUUCUGCGUCUUAUUCGAUCACGUCGACUUUUCCUUGAUGACAUCCGCUACGUUGCUGUGGAUGAAGCAGAUGUGAUGCUUUCAUCGCAGCACGACCACGAUGCAGUUCAUCUUCUUAUGAAGGUGCAAAAGCGGGUGAUGUUUAAAUAUUUAUGGCCGGUGCAGACCCAAACUGUAUUUGCAACCGCCUACAUUACACGAAAGUUGGAAUUUGUUAUUGGUAAGAAGUUUCCAAAUGCCGUAACAUGUCUGCAGCGGCAACGUAUGCAUCGCCCGCCGGACACCCUUUCACACCGCUUUUUUGCGAUUCAGCGGGAGCAGGAGAAGAUGGAUGUGCUGCAGCACUUGCUUAAGAAGCACGGCAACCAUCCACGUGUUAUCGCCACCGACGUAGAUGAGGUGCAGGCACACACGCAAACGCACUACUUGUCGGGGACACUCGAGGAGUUCAUGGAGCGUCGAAGAAACACGGCACCACCAUCACCGCAACCGAAUUACCAGCAGCGACAGCAGCAGCAGUCUGAUGAAUUGCCAGAGUUUGAAGAGGAAGUUGUGCAGGAACAGGAGGAAUCCCAUCAUUAUGAGUGUGAGAGCAAUGGCAGCGUGAAUUCUCUUGAUUGUUCCUCUUCCCCUUCUUAUUCCUUGUCGCUGGACGUGGAACGGGAUGUAAAUGAAGAAGCGCGUCGUAUCUUGGAGCAGGUGCGUCCUUUGCGCUGGGAGCAUCUCACAACAGUCGCGGCUCCUUUUACGUGUCAUAUUCCCCGCACGGUAUUUGGCGAAGGUCAGCGUAUUAUUGUCUUCACACGUGGUAUUGAUUCCGCCACUGCGGUGUAUCAUCACCUGCGUGGGCGAGGCUUCACUUGUUCCCUUCUGCACGCGGCGUUGCCAUGGGAUGUUCGUCGGCGCAUGUUUGCCGAUUUUGCGUCCGGUCGCACUAAUAUUCUUUGUGCCACAGAUCUCGCUGCACGUGGACUGGACGUGCAUGUAGACGUUGUGGUGAAUUUUCACAUGCCUACAAAUGCGUUGGUGUAUCUCUCGCGCGCAGGACGGACGGCACGGCAGGGGCGUCUUGGCCGUGUGUACAGUCUUUAUACAAAACAUCAGGGCGUGAUUGUCUCUGCGGUGCGGGCCUUUUUAAAGAAAAACAUUCCGUUGGAGGGGGUGAGCAACUCAAAGUCGCACAUGAUGAACCCGCGCUACGCGGAGUGGCGCACCCACAAGAUGAACGCCAUUGCCCGCUCGUACGUCUCGCUCAUUACACAAAAAACAAUUCCCGCCCACUUGGAGCGGACGUACCUGCACCACAAUGCCACCUGGCGCCCGUUGUUUCACCCCCAGACAACAGGCAUUCACGCAGGUGUGCCGCCGCGUCAGCAGCAACGUGUCAUGGACGCUGUAACGGAGCAGGCGGUGUGGUUCCGCCGUGGGCAACUUGCAAGACGAAAGGGUGGUCGUGCAAAAUUUGGUGGACGCGACGCGGAGCGCGGUGUAUGGAACAGCAUUGGCGGCAUUGCAACCAGUUGGGUGGCGAAUGCGGCGCAGAGCGCAAAUCCUGGCGGCCCUGACUUUGGCCCCCCGCAGGGGCCACCCAAAUAA